CCCCCUUUCCGCCCGCCAGCCAAUAGCGGAACCGCUUCGUUGCCCUCCCCGCCAAUCAGGGCGCCGUUUAUUGCUGUCUGGGAAGAAGCGCUCGGUGCGCGCGCCCGCCCGCUGUGGAGCUGGUCCCUGGCGCGGAGCAGGCGAGUCCUCCUCCUCCCGCUCCCCCGCCCCUUCUCCCCGCGCUUUGUUGGUGCCUCUCCCGGGAGAGCGGCGGCUGCGGCCGGCGGCGAUGCCCGAGUUCCUGGCGGAUCCGUCGGUGCUGACCAAGGAGAAGCUGAAGAGCGAGCUGAUCGCUAACAAUGUGAGCCUCCCGGGCGGCGAGCAGCGCAAGGACGUGUACGUGCAGCUCUACCUGCAGCACCUCACCGCCCGCAACCCGCCCGCCCUCGCGCAGCCCGACUUUUCCAGCGACGAGGAGCGGGAGCCCACACCUCUCGGCGCCCGGAGCCGCGGAGCUGCUGCCGCCGGGCGGAAAGCUACAAAGAAAACUGACAAACCCAGACCAGAGGAGAAGGAUGGCCUAGAUAUAACCGAGAUGAGUAAUGAAGACCUUCAAGAGAAACUUAUGAAGUAUGGAGUAAAUCCCGGCCCAAUUGUAGCUACUACUAGGAAACUUUAUGAGAAAAAGCUUCUGAAACUGAUGGAACAAGGUCCUGACCUGAAAGCACCUGUGCCUCUCCCAGCAAUUUCAACUACUGAGAACACCAGACAGAAUGGAAACAAUGAUUCUGACCAGUACAGUGACAAUGAGGAAGAUCCGAAGACUGAGCUGAGGCUUGAGAAGAGAGAACCUCUGAAAGCCAGGAUGAAGAUGCCAGUAGCACUCAAACAAAAAAGAGUUGUUGAACAUAACCAGACCUAUUCUCAAGAUGGAGUUACUGAGACUGUCUGGACAAGUGGAUCUUCAAAAAGUGGACCUCUGCAGGCAUUUUCUAGGGAGUCUACAAGAGUGUCAAGAAGAACACCAAGAAAAAGGGUGAUGAGAGGCUUUUAUAAUAGACAAGCUUUCUUUUUUUCUCUCACUCUUAGGGUCCCAGUGACUCUUUUAUUCAAUUGUUGUUUUUUGUUUGUUUUAAACAAACAGGUGGAAGCUACAGAACAGUUGCCUAUAGAUGAUGCUGUAAUAUCAGAGAGUACUCCCAUAAAUGAAACUAUAUUGGCUGCAAGCAACGAGACCCUAGUUGGCAAUAGGGUGCCUGGAAAUUUCAAGCAUGCAGCUCCUACACUGUCAGUCAGUGAACUCUCAGACAUGCCCAGAAGAACACCAAAGAAACCACUGAUGACAGCUGAAGUGCUGGAGAGAACUACAGAAGAAAGAAGACUAGAAAGGGAUAUUCUUAAAGAAAUGUUCCCUUAUGAAGUAUCAACACCUACAGGAAUUAGUGCUAGCUGCCGUAGACCAAUCAAAGGAGCUGCAAGCCGGCCUGUAGAGCCCAGUGACUUCAUACUGGAGGAAAGUUACUCUAAGUAUGCGCAAAAAUACGGUACCUCGACUGACAUCAAGUCGGAGAAACCACCAAUAAAAAAAGAACGCCCUGUUCCCGUGUGGAUAAAAGUUCUUCUCUUUGUUGUUGUUUCAGUCUUCAUGUUUUUGGUCUAUCAGUCAAUGGAAACUAAUCAAGGAAAUCCUUUUUCUAGAUACCUGAAUAUUGUCACUCCGGGCGGUGCCGAAUGAAUAUCUUUCUGAAAGGCACACCCAAUUUGAUCUCCUGUUUUUUAAUUGUAGAGAACUCUUCUGCCCUCUCAUCGGCUCAAGGACUUCUUACAAAUAAUGUGAUUGGAACCUGAUAAAUUGGAUAAAUGAAGAAAGAUAAUAUUAAACGGACAUUGGUAACUUUCUGGACUUUGGACAAGUAGGAGAUCACUGCCAUAGGAGUAACAUUUUUUUAAAUCUUUGAACUUUUUGUAGGCUUUAUUUUUUUAAUGUGGACAUCCUUUAAAUUCACUUUUGAGAAAAUGUAUAUUUGUUUUUGCAAGAACUUGGAAGCUGAGAAGGGCAAAAAUGUAGUAAAAUGUGAAGCUGUGUUUUUAAAGCUUUUCCUUUGUACAGAAAAGAAGUUGUACUUCUGUCUCUAGAUUAUAGUGGAGAAUGAUUUUAACAUGGGAAAAGGGAAAUGCAUUCCUUUAUGCAUUUUUUUUCAGUAACAAAAUAACUGAAUUUGAUCUCUUAGGAUGUAGAGAGAGUACAACAGCAACCUUUUCUGUAGAUUACUGUAACUUUUUAUUAAAUGUAACUGUAAACCUGUUUGCAUUUCUGUAACAGUCUUAGUAUCAUAUUAGUAACUCUGUUUAAGUGUAACUUCAUUUAAAUGUAUCCCUUCAUUUUAGUGCUUACAGUGUUGUAGGAACUGAAUACAAAUCUAAUUGGCAAGAGAUGUCUUAGGGGAACUUAUUUAUUAGUAAUAUGUGUGGGAAAUAAAAACGACAUCAUAAUAAUUUGCUACUAAAAUACA